AUGGGUAAUAAUUUUGAUACUGGAAGAGUGAUUCAAAUUGAUAUGGAAAAGUUGAUCCAUUCAAAGUUAGAAGAAUUAUUUACAGGUGAUAUUGAUAUAACUGAUAAUUCACAUGAUUUAAUUAGUGAUGAAACAGAAAGUCAUAAACAAACAAGUCAAGAUAAUAAAAAUACUCGAACUAAAGCUCUUAAUUGUAUAAUACUUGCUAUGGAACAUCCAUCGAUUUCAACAACAAGUCCUGAACGACAAUUUUUAAAUUUAACAAAUAUAAUAUUUACAAUAGAAAUGUUGGCAAAAGUAAUAGCAAGUGAAUUUAUAUUUGGAUUGCAUACCUAUUUACUUAUUAGUCGAGUAUCUGGUCUUAAACUUGUUGUACAAACAUUACUUUCAUCAUUACGACUAAUUGGUUAUAUUGUUGUUAUAUGUUGUACAUUUUUUUAUUAUAUUUAGGUCUUUUAUUUAUUUUUUCUUCUUUUCCUCAUAUUUACUGCAUUUGGUGUUGAAUUAUUUGGAAAAUUAGAAUGUAGUGAAGAACGUUCAUUUACUGGACUUCAUAAACAUGCACAUUUUAAAGAUUUUAGUAUGACUUUUUUAACAUUAUUUCGUAUUGCAACUGGUGAUAAUUAG